AAUUAAAAAUUCGCGGUCGUGCGCUGAACUCCCGCGUUCGACCUCCCGCUCCACGGUUCCCGCGUAAUCUUGAACGAAACGGACGAGCGAAAGAGGGGGGACGGGGUAGAAGGGAGAAGGGGACGCGGCCGAAGUUUCUCAAACAUUCCCGAACGUUCUCGGCACUACGGACGGGCAGCGGCCGCAGCCCAACCGGCCCAACUCAACGCAUAGGAAAAAAUCGAUCUCUCUCGUACGUUCUGGAACGAGGUAUCGAGCGUCGAGAGCCUUCGCGAAGUUUCCACGGCAACCCGCCGUACAGACCGCUCAGCUGCCGCGGGUAUAUAAAGGCGGGUGCUGCCUCUACAGGGCCAGUAUUGAAUUAGAAAGCGAUCAAGUGCUCUAAUCCAAAGCGAUCUUAUUCAACGCGGUCUUUUCAAAAGUGCGCUACAGUAUACACAGUGCGAUACAGUUCGGACUUCACAACAGCUCUACCUGUUAAUAUUCGCGAGAUUUAUUUUCUUCUGAGAUUUUGUGUGCAGUGAAAAGUAAGUUUAGAAGUUUAAAAUAUGCCUGGAAAAACACCAGCAAUUGGAAUCGACUUGGGAACCACCUACUCGUGCGUCGGUGUGUGGCAGCAAGGAAAAGUGGAGAUCAUUGCCAAUGAUCAGGGCAAUCGAACGACACCCAGCUAUGUGGCAUUCACAGACACGGAACGACUGAUCGGUGAUGCGGCUAAAAAUCAAGUUGCGAUGAACCCGAAGAAUACUGUUUUCGACGCCAAACGCCUCAUUGGACGGAAAUUCGAUGAUCCGAAAAUUCAAGCUGACAUGAAACAUUGGCCGUUCACUGUUGUCAACGAUUGCAGUAAGCCGAAAAUUCAGGUUGAAUUCAAAGGUGAAACCAAACGAUUCGCUCCGGAAGAAAUUAGUUCUAUGGUGCUGACCAAGAUGAAGGAGACGGCUGAGGCAUACUUGGGUGGAAAAGUUCGAGAUGCAGUCAUCACAGUUCCAGCAUAUUUCAACGACUCUCAGCGACAAGCUACCAAAGAUGCAGGAGCUAUCGCAGGACUCAACGUUCUCCGCAUCAUCAAUGAGCCCACAGCUGCAGCCCUUGCGUAUGGCUUGGACAAAAACCUCAAAGGGGAACGCAACGUUCUCAUUUUCGAUCUCGGUGGUGGCACGUUCGACGUCUCCAUCCUUACAAUUGACGAGGGCUCACUGUUUGAAGUGCGAUCGACUGCUGGCGACACACACCUCGGCGGUGAGGACUUCGAUAACCGGCUUGUCAACCACUUUGUGGAGGAAUUCAAGCGUAAAUAUCGAAAAGAUCUCCGAACUAACCCUCGUGCUCUCCGAAGACUCCGUACAGCAGCGGAGCGCGCCAAGAGGACAUUAUCAUCAAGCACCGAAGCCAGUAUUGAAAUCGAUGCUCUGAUGGACGGCAUCGACUACUACACCAAAGUCUCGAGAGCCCGAUUUGAAGAAUUAUGUGCAGACUUAUUCCGCUCGACUCUGCACCCUGUCGAAAAAGCCCUCAACGAUGCCAACAUGGACAAAGGGUCCAUCCAUGAUGUCGUGUUGGUUGGAGGCUCCACGAGGAUUCCCAAAGUGCAAUCUCUUCUCCAGAAUUUCUUCGGUGGCAAAACUCUGAACUUCUCGAUAAACCCCGAUGAAGCUGUGGCCUACGGAGCAGCAGUUCAAGCGGCUAUUCUCAGUGGUGAUACCAGUUCAGCAAUCCAGGAUGUUCUACUUGUUGAUGUGGCGCCUCUCUCUCUUGGAAUUGAAACAGCAGGUGGAGUUAUGACGAAGAUCGUCGAGCGAAACGCCAGGAUUCCAUGCAAGCAAUCACAAACAUUUACAACCUACGCUGACAACCAACCAGCGGUGACAAUACAGGUCUACGAAGGAGAACGCGCCAUGACUAAAGACAACAAUCUGCUCGGUCGAUUCGACUUGACAGGAAUCCCACCAGCGCCACGUGGGGUACCCAAAAUUGACGUUACAUUUGAUCUGGAUGCAAACGGAAUCUUAAAUGUGUCCGCCAAGGAGAACAGUACAGGAAGGGAACGAAACAUCGUUAUUAAAAACGACAAGGGUAGAUUGUCAAGAGAAGAGAUUGACCGGAUGGUCAACGAGGCUGAGCAGUACAAGGAGGAAGAUGAUAAACAACGCGCCAGGGUGGCCGCACGCAACCAGCUUGAAAGCUAUAUCUUCAACGUUAAACAAGCGGCUGAGGAGGCAGGCGAUAAGCUUAGUGCGGCUGAUAAACAAUCAAUCCUGGAAGACUGCCAAGCAGCUCUGCAAUGGCUGGACAACAACACGCUGGCGGAUGUGGAGGAAUUCAAUUACAAAUUGCAAGAAUUACAGAAGAAAUGCUCUCCCAUCAUGAGCAAAAUGCACCAGAGUAGUCAGAAUAGUCAAGGGAUGCCAGGAAAAGGCGGUAUGCCAGGUCAUGGAAUGCCAGGACCAGGUGGAAUGCCAAGCUACGGAAUGCCAGGACAAGGUGGAAUGCCAAGCUACGGAAUGCCGGGACAAGGUGGAAUGCCAAGCUACGGAAUGCCAGGACAAGGUGGAAUGCCAAGCUACGGAAUGCCGGGACAAAGUAGAACGCCAGGCUACGGAGGGUACCACCAAAACACAAGUGGAGGACCCACAAUUGAAGAAGUGGACUGAAUUUCUUAAAAUCAUCCAUGAAGUCUACACAAAGAUCUCAUUAUUCGGUAUAAUUUAUAUGCUUAAGGGCAAAAAAUAGAAAAAUACAUCCAUUGAUUUAGAGCUCAACACUCGAUUUGGUGCCAAAAUUUUUUGACAGUUCCUAGCAAAUACAAUGCAAAAUAACUGUACAUAUGUAUACAUACGUAAAUAUGUAGACAAAUAAUAUUUUUACUUUUGAUAAUUUCUUGUUACUGUAUCACUGUUUAUUUAUUAAUAAAUUUUUAAAUGUUAUUUUAUACCUUAAUUA